AGUCAUAUGAUGUAACAGCAUGAGCCUUGAGAUGGCAAAGCUCUAUCUCUAUGUUGCUAGCAUUGAUAGUCAUAUUUAACUUUAUGAUUGAACAAUGACUUUAUCUAAUGCUUUUUUAAUAAAGCAUAAUGAUUCUUAGAGAGUGAAGGCUUGGAUUAAUGCUUAGUAUGAUACAUUAUCAGGACUUCACUGGAAAAAAGGACAUGAUUUUUUGUGGGGUGUUUGAUGGUCAUGGUCCUCUAGGACACAAGUUAUCACAGUGCAUACGUGACAAUCUACCCGCAAAACUGUCAGCAUCAAUCAAACAGUCACAAGAAAAAGCCAUGAAACACUAUGACGCUAAUGCUACAAAUGGUGGCAGUCAUAGUGAUGACUAUGUUGAGGAUAACCAAAAUAUGUCCUUUCCUUCAUGGGAGGGAACCUUUAUGAGGUGCUUCAGUGAAAUAGAUGAAAAGUUUGCUAAGAACAUAGACACUGACGGAUUUCGGGGCGGUAGCACUGCUGUAACUGUAAUCAAACAGGGUGACCAAUUAAUAAUUGGCAAUGUGGGGGAUUCUCGUGCAGUUCUUUGCAGAAGAGCACCUGACAAUCGUCUUAUUCCUGUUCAACUUACUGUUGACUUGACUCCAGAUAUUCCAAGAGAAGCUUUGAGGAUCAUUAAUUGUGGAGGUAGAAUUUUUGCUACAGAAGAAGAUCCAAGUGUAAACAGAGUAUGGAUGCCUAAAGGGGACUGCCCUGGACUGGCUAUGGCAAGAGCCUUUGGAAAUUUUUGCUUAAAAGACUAUGGUGUCACCUCGAUCCCAGAUGUAUCAUACAGAAAACUUACCAAGCAGGAUGAGUUUGUGGUUUUGGCUUCUGAUGGGAUAUGGGAUAUGCUAUCAAACAGUGAAGUAAUAAACAUAGUUGCUUCAGCACCAAAAAGGUCCAUGGCAGCCAAAUUGUUAGUAAACCAUGCUGUUCGGGCUUGGAGAUAUAAGCAUGGUUUCAAGGUUGAUGAUUGUUCAGCCAUAUGCUUGUUCCUGAAGGAUUAGCCUGUUUUAACCCAAUCCUGAUCCAAUGUGAGCGGGAGCAAUAGACAUCCCUUCAAGCACCUGCAUUUCUCAUAAUCUAGACUUGUAGAUACUGAAAUUGUAGAUAUGGCAAGAGUAUGGUAGAAUCAAAAGGAAUGGGAACUCUUGGAGGAUUCUCCAGAGCCAACUUUGAAUCAUAGAUUGCAAUCAUCUCAGUACCUUUAAGGGGGGUUGAAGCUGAUCACUACUCAGCCAGAACUCCACAAAUCCAAGGGCUAGUAGUGCUACUAACAAGUUAGCAAUUGUAUGGCCAGAAGAUUUUGCUUUUGGCACAAGCCCAAAAGAAGGCAAUUAUUUUAGCCUUCUAAUUCUGGUGUGAUUACAUGCAAGACUUUUUUUCUAUCUUCCUAAGACAAACUUUGAUCAAUUUUAGCGCUCUAUGGUACCAUAAAACUUUCUUCGUCUUUUUCUUUCUGGCUUGGGUACUAAAGAGUUAAAUGAGCAACU